UUUUAAUUCACGGAGAAAUAUGAGUCAAAAUGUCUACGUACCUAAACAAGGAAACAAUGACUCCCAUGCUUCUGGGAACCACGAACAACACAGUGACUGGAACGCGCCUAUUUGGAACGAUGAUGAAGAGCAUAGUCAAACCAAGAAUAGAGUAGAAAUGAUAUAUGAAAGAUCAAAGAACGUAAUUCCUGUCGGAAAGCAGUCAAGGUCCUUCCCUUGGUACGAACAAAUCAUAGACCCCAGUGACCGUCAUUUGAAGGAAGAUAUUAUACGACUUAUCGUGCAGUACUUGCAGGAAGAAGACUAUCUUUAUAGUGCUGCCGCUUUACAGGAUGAGGCAAACGUAAAACAUAAAGACGUGUUAGCACAACAGGCACAUCUUCAGAGAGUAAAGACAGCCAUUUUAGAAGGUGACUGGGCAGAGGUUGAGAAACUCUGUUCACAGGCCACUUUUAAGAAUUUGAAAAGUUUUCUCUAUGAAGUGUACAAGCAACAAUAUCUGGAACUGGUUGAUCGACAGGAAUAUCAAAAAGCAUUCGUUCUGUUACAAAAAAGGCUCAAGUCAUUGGAAGGAUAUGCACAAAGACUGGAGGAAUUUCAUGAUUUAUGUUACCUUCUCACUUGCAAAAGUGUGAACGAAGCCAAGUCCUUUCGAGAUUGGAAUGGAACUAUGGCUGGAAGAGAAGCUUUAGUGGAGCAGUUUCAACGUCUUUUAGAUUUUGAAGUUACAGAUACAUCAGCGCCUGUUCAAGUUCCUCCAUCUAGGCUUGUCCAGUUAUUGCAACAGGCUGUGGCUUAUCAAAUAGAAUUCUCAAGAUAUCACCCAAAGGCAGCUCCUCGAAUCAAAACUCUGUUGGAAGAUUAUCACUGCUUUGUAUUGCCAAACCGCGAGAAACAAUGUUUUGUGGGUCAUCAAAGUAAUGUCAAAUGUGUCCAAUUCGUUGGAGAAAGUGGUGCUCAUUUGGUUUCUGGUUCAAGUGACAAUACUUUAAUAUUAUGGGAUACUGAAAGUGGUGAGAAAGUAGCCAGUUUUAUUGGGCAUACUUCUCGUAUAUGGGAUAUAGAUGUCACUCGUGGAGGAUUUAUCGCUAGUGCUAGUGGUGAUGGCACAGUCCGUAUUUGGGAUGCUAAGAGUGAUAUACGGAGUAGUUGCCGAACUGUCAUUAGUGGACAUACACGAGAUGUUUACACGGUUAGUUAUCAUCCGAGAGAAAACCACCUCGUGACAGGUGGAUAUGACAAGUCAUUGAGACUGGUUGAUGUUCGAACCGGACAGACUAUCAAAACAUUUACAGGACAUGAGGCAUCUAUUUCCAAGGCUGUGUUUAAUCCUCACGGCAAUUUGAUUAUUUCUGGUAGCAAAGAUUCUACCAUCAAAUUUUGGGAUGUGAUUUCUGGUGUUUGUGUCAAAACGCUAAGCAGCCAUUUGGGAGAAGUCACUGCUGUGGAGACAAAUGCAUCAGGAAGCUUACUUCUUUCAAGUUCGAAAGACAACUCCAAUCGUCUUUGGGAUAUACGUAUGGCUCGACCUACAAGACGUUUCAAGGGUCAUCAAAACACCAGUAAGAAUUUUAUUCGAGUUGGAUUUGGUACCAAUGAAGAGUUGGUGGUGGGUGGCUCAGAAGAUGGUUUUGUCUACAUUUGGGAUACAGAAACUGGUAAUUUGGUGCAAAAACUUGGACCUUGUGUGGGUCCCAUUUAUGCCGCUCAAUGGUGUAAUAGGCAAAGUCUUUUGGCAAGUUGCGGACACGAUGGAAUGGUAAGAACUUGGUGGUUUGAUCCUUCAACGCCUUUGACAGAUGAUGACAAGACCCACGAAAUGAAGGAGUGUUUCUAAUAGGUAGCCAAUCAAUCCAAGACACAAUA